ACAUUUGGUUGCUCUAUAGAAUUUGGGCCAGCAGAAUUUAUUCCUCUUCAUCCACUAAUAACAUAUAGACCACAGCAGUUUACAUUUCAAGAUUCAAAUAAUUCUGUAGAUUCAUCAGCUUCUGAUAGUGACCCUAUGAGACAGAAAUUUUCUAUAAAAGCACAUUCACGGUUACCCUACCUCAUUGUUUCUGAUGGAUACAUGGUCACGACCCUUCGAUUUCUUGAUAACCUGUCUCCAUCAGUGCUCAUAAGAUCACUUCUACUUGAUUCAACUCAGAGACUUGAGAGAACAUACCAAAGUAUGAUGUUGUCUAAGCCAAAAAGCAAAGGACUGAACUUGCGAUCACUGAAUUCCCUAAGGUCUAGUCUGUUAAAACACCAAGGAAAUGAAAGUUCAACUGAGUCUACUAUACCCAGAUUCUUGCAGGCAGAGGAAACAAUGAAGUUAAAUAAAAAAACAGCAGAUUUUCAGGGUUUUGAAGCAGAAGAAACUAAUGAAGACAGAUACGUUUUUCACAACUCACUUCCUUUUUGGAACCAAAAAAAUGAUCUGUUUAGUAGUGUCAAGGAAGGAAGACUGGAAUUUGCAUCUAUGUUUGAUACGAUACAUGUAAAGGAUGAUACUGAAGAGACAGAUAAAACCAUUACAGAACUGCAUUCUAUCCAGAAGAAUCUACUUGCAGCAUGGAGUAUAGCAAUUUCAAAAAAUGUAUCAGAAAAAAAUGUAAUGUUAAAUUACACAGUAGUUUGUAUCACUCAUUUUUUCUACAUUCUUCAAUUUGUAAAAUACCCUUUCCCCAACCUGGCUCUUUUUUUAAGCAAGAACUCAAGACAUAAUGCAUGGUUGCCUUGUAUCUUUCAACUUUUUCAUCAGUGUUUAUCUAUCCAGUAUUGGGAUAUAAGAUACAAACAAGAUGUAGGGCAUUUGAUAAAGCUGACCUCAAAUACUAUAAAGCUUUUGCUAACUCAUCAACAAACAAGUCAGUUAUUCUCAGAGAAACUUUUAGCCUGUUUUUAUUUACUCAGAAUGGUAGCUGACAGCUUAAAUGGUGUAUAUAAUCUUCAGCCUGAAGUUAUUUCAGCAUCAACUGAUGGAAGUAGAGCAGCAGAUCAAGACUCAUUGGUGGUACCUAUUUUUCAAAUGUUUCGAGACAGUGGUUCUCAGGAAGACUGGUCUUUGAACUCAUCUUUCAAGAUGCAUCCUCAAGCAGUCAAUCCUGUACAACAACCAGGACACAGAUUGAUUGUUCUCUGGAGAGUAUUGUACAAAAAAACUUUAUGGUAUCAAGAGCAAUUAAGUCAAAGAACUCCUGAAGGUGACAGACAGUUACCUGAAGAGAUGGUGCAUGAAGCUUCUACUGUCAAAUCCCUAUUAUGUCAUAUACAGGCCAACUUACAGACUGCUGGAGAUCGCUUGAACCAACCCUUAGAACUUAAAUCUAUCACUGGUGAAGAGUGUUUCUUAUUAGGUUCAUAUGAAAAGUCUGUUCAGCUGUGGAAAAAAGCUGUACAAGAAAUUCAAGAGAAAGGAGGACAAAGAACAUGUUUUCUUCAGAUACGCUAUUAUCUUUCCCUUUUAUAUUGCUACCUCUAUAGCUAUAAUUUAAAUGAUGCUCAAGGAUUGUGUGAUCAGCUAGUAAGAGAACUACUGAGAUGGUCCCAACUACCUGUAAAAGAAAAUGAAGAUUUUUCAGCUGGGUUCCCAGAACUGUUCCACAAGCUACUCAGCGAGUGUAGGGGAUAUCCUGCCCUGUUUCUUGGAUGUGAGAUUUCUCUGCUAAAAGUAGAUCGGGUCCGAGAGGGUCACGAUUCAUUCUUUCUCUCACCAAGCUCCCUGGCGGGACAGGACACAGCCCAUGACUUCUUCUUUGACCAAAAACUUCCAGUGGAUUUCAUGACCUUGCUCAGCCUGCCCUUUCCUGAAGGUCACUGGGACUAUGGUAAAGGGUGCAGCUCAGGAGAGGAGCACAUCGUCAACUGUGGGGAACUUGAGAAUGAGGCAUCAAAGUCUCAUUACAUCCUUCACCCACCUUCCACAGAAUUUCUUCCCUCAAUGUCUCAUAGGUUCAAAAUGUAA